AUGCAAAUACGGGCCUCUCCCUUUAAGAGCUCUCGAUGUGUGGCUCGUAAACGGAGAGCAGUCGGAGGGAGAGAGAGUGCAGGCAGCACCAACAGCCUGUUUAGGAGGCUGCCUGGCUGCAUAGUGAAGGAGCAGCUGGCUGGGCCCAUUGGGAGAGACGGUGCUGUGGGGGAAACAGAUUUUUACAGUCAAAGGGGAUGGGGAUUUACGAGUGCUGACCUGUUCUCGCUUCCUUCCCCAUCCUCCCCCAAAAUCAUAGCUUUGCUCCCUGCACCAGAACCUCAAAUCAGAGCCACAUGGUCAUAGAGCACGCUGCAUAUUGGGAUGUCAGAUAUUCAAAGAGAAGUCCUAAAUCCAAGUCACUUUCCCAGAUUCAACAGCCAAGAUGAAUGGUUGACUCUUCUGUCUCUCCAACCAUGUUUUUUUCAGCAGACUUUGGCAUUUCAUUACGUUUUGGUAGUAAUAGUGCAGGGUUUUAAAGAUGGGAAGGGGAACAAAGGGAGAAAGGGGAAAUCACUCAAGGUGGCAUUGUCUCUCCCAACCACAAACCGCAAAUUGUGAUUACUAUAAUAACUGUGCCUCCCACUCCUCGGAGCAUGGCUCUGUAAUGGCUGUCUGCCUGUUUUUAUGGUGGCUGGAACUCCAGGUGGCCAACGUGGUCCUGCGCCUAAACUCAGGCUCUGUCCAGGCAUGGGGGCAUGGGGGCAUGGGGGCCCUCUCCCCACCUGCUUGCCUGCCUGCUUGUCUGCCUGCCUGCCUGUCAUCAAAGGCCAGCCUGGUUUCAGUCCACCAGCUCGCUUAAUGAAGAUGCCAUCAUGCUCAGAAGGGUGCUCUGUAGAGAACAGAAUCAAUAGGCUGAGCUGAAAGGAGACCAGCAUUCUUAGGGGAAGACAAGGAGGGGAAAGAGAGGGAGAGAGGGACACAGGCAGGGGAGGGAGGGAGGCCAUGCCCACCAAACGAGUGUAGCAGAAUAGAAGAGAACAGAACCAUAGCAGCAGAGAUAUUUAUUUACAGACUGGGUGGAGGAUGUAAAUGGGAUAGAUCAGGGGGUUCAGUAAAUUGCUUCUCUGUGUUUGCAGGAGUAUGCCCCAUUAAAUCGGCGGGGUUUAAAUGAGUGGAAAUAACUCUGUAAAGCCCAUCUUUGAUUGAUUAUGGAAGUUACUAGGUGUUCAAACACAACAGUAAAAUGUCUAUUGGGAUUUUGCACAAAAUAGAGCCUUUUAUAUUCGGCUGCUGGGCCCAAGCCAGAGCGUUAUGCUAGAAUAGAGCCCAAUGCCCCAAUGUCUUUUAUCAGAUCCAAGACCUUGUAUUAAUACUGAGACUGUAACUUAACUCUGUGACAACUACAGGAAUUCUUCACAUUAAACAGCACUGACAAAUACUCUUUACAGUAAUACACUACUUAGGGUUUCUCUUCUGAACCGUCAACAACCCUCCCAUCUAGAGACAGCUCAGUAUUGUUGAGUUACUUUCCAAACAUUUUUGGAUGUUUUUCAGAAUCUCUGGGCCUGGAUGUACUUUAGAUAAAAGAAUACAAACGUUAUCUGUUUCUGAUGAGUUUGUUCAUAGACUCACACUCUCUUGGAACCCUCCUUUGUGCUGGAUGAUCGUUCCAAUAUGUCAGAGCACAAGCCUUGCCAGGAAAAAGUUAAACACCUAGGAUUCUAGAUAAAUAGUCCUCAUCACUGUAGCGUUGCAAGGAGCAAUCGUUUGGAAAGCUGGAAUGCUCCACCAUGACUAGAAUAUUUUACUAGCAGUGAUUAUCACCAUGUCUCCUCGUGGCAGGGACUCUGCUGUUAGCCCUCUCUCUGCUCUGGAGUAUCAAGUGGAAAAUUAUAUAAUUACUGCAGUACAGUCGACACGCUACACACAUUUUCCCAUAGCAGCAGUAACAGUAAUGCUUCCAUCUUAGAUCUCUGUUGUCCUGCUUAUUUUUUCCUCAAUAGUUAUUAUUGGUGUGAUACAGACAUCAUGUUCAUCAUGCUUCAGUCCGGAAGACGUCCCUCUGUCGGAGGAAACCACAAUGUUCUGCUUGGAAAGCUUUUAUCUUGGCAUGUGUUCAUCCUCUGUAUAUGAAGACAUGCACUGCCUUUGUCUGUUUGCCCUGCCUGGGAUUAGGUUACCAGAGAUGGCUACACCGCUUGUUUAAUGGAAAUGCUAUGCACAAAAAAGCAUGUGGCAUGCAGUCCUGAAUAUAUGUACAUCCGUAAUGGAAUACUUGUGAGUUCCCUGUUGUCACGGAUUCUGCCGAGGCUGCUCCUCCUCCUUGUUCGGGCAGGCUUCGGCGUUCGUCGUCCCCGGAGUACUAGCUGCCACCGUUUGAAGUUUUCGAUGUUCGUUUGGUCAUGUCUAGUUUAGUGCACCUGUUUCGUAUUCUGUCCUGAUUAUGUCACUUAUAAGUUUCCCUGUGUUAUGUUUUGGAGUUGUGUGUUGUUGUCCGCCUGUCGAUUGUCUGUUGGUUUAUGUUGUUUUUACGCAUUGCGCGUAGGUUUUCGCUUCCUGUGUUUUGAGGCCAUUUCUUUUCUGUAUUGUGUAUUCAGUCAAGUAAAGCUGUUUGACUUAUCCACUGUGUCCUGCGCCUGACUUCACCACCACAUCCACAAGUACAUCGUGACAGAACAACACACCUAUUACUAUGGAGUCAGCAGGAGCAGCGGCGGGAACCGAGUCGCUGGAAGAUCGGGUCAGCUUCCAGGACGCCAGAAUCCACCAACUCGGGUCCGCCAUGCAGGAGGUCAUGGACACCCUGCGCUGAUGGGAGAGAGGAGGUUUGCCCACACCUCCUCCUACCUUACCACCACCAUCGGCCAGCCCCACCAUACCAGCUCCAGAGUCCAGUGGCAUUCGGCUCUCGCUCCCGAGGGCAUAUGAUGGCACCGCAGCCGGGUGUCAGGAGUUCUUCCUUCAAGUGGAGCUCUACCUGGCUACCAUACACCCGGCGCCCUCAGGAUACGAGAGCGUUUCCGCCCUCAUCUCCUGUCUCUCCGGCAAGGCGUUGGAGUGGGCCAACGCCGAAUGGAGGGGAAUAGACGCCGCCACCAUCAGCUACGCGGAGUUCUCCCGCCGUUUCAGGGCUGUGUUCGAUCAUCCCCCUGAGGGUAAAGCGGCGGGAGAGCGUCUGUUCCACCUUUGACAGGGGAAGAGGAGCGCCCAGGAGUUUGCCCUGGACUUCCGGACUCUAGCGGCGGAUGCGGGGUGGAAUGAGAGGGCCCUCAUCGACCACUAUCGGUGUAGCCUACGUGAGGACGUUCGACGAGAGUUGGCCUGCAGGGACACCAAUCUCACCUUCGACCAGCUGGUGGACAUGUCAAUCUGUCUGGAUACCCUGCUGGCCAACCCGCGGACGUCCAGAGUUGGGGCCGUCCAUUCCAUCCUCCAGCACCUCCGAGCCGAGUCCUAUGGAGCUCGGGGGUGCUGGCGCUAGAGAGAGGAGGAGGGAGAUACCGAGGGAGGCCGUCCCCUGCACCAACUGUGGUCGUAGAGGACACACUGCGGCUAGGUGCUGGGGAGGGUCUCCAGAGGUUCGAGGCAGCAGGUCGCGCACUGGGGAGUCAUUCCAGGUGAGUAGGCGCCCACCUCACCCUUUGCUCUCUGUUGUUCACUUUUGUAUACCUGUAGUAUUUCCUCAGGUUGCAUCUCAGUCCCAGCAUAAGGCGCUAGUCGAUUCAGGCGCAGCUGGGAAUUUCAUUGAUCAUAAUUUUUGUAUUAAGUUAGGGAUUCCCCUUUCCCUAUCCAUGCCCUAGAUAGUCGUCCGUUGGGAUCUGGGUUGAUUAGGGAGGUCACAGCGCCACUUAAGAUGAGGACGCAGGGGGUCAUGAAGAGAUUAUUCAGUUGUAUCUGAUCGACUCUCCUGCGUAUCCCGUGGUACUGGGGCUUCCUCGGUUAAUCGCCCAUGAUCCCACCAUUUCGUGGCAACAGAGGGCUCUCAAGGAGUGGUCUAACCAGUGUGUCGGGCGAUGUUUAGGUGUUUCCGUAGGGGCGACCACGGUGGAGAGUCCGAACCAAGUGCCCGCAAUGCACAUUCCCCCCGAGUAUGAGGAUUUGGCACUCAUGUUCAGUAAGACUAGGGCGACGCGUUUGCCACCUCAUAGACGGGGAGAUUGUGCGAUAGAUCUCCUGGCGGGUGCGGCACUUCCGCGGAGCCAUGUGUAUCCCUUGUCUCAAGAGGAGACGGCGGCUAUGGAGACAUACAUAGCCGAGUCUCUGAGACAGGGAUACAUACGGUCCUCCACUUCCCCUGUGUCCUCGAGUUUCUUUUUUGUGAAGAAAAAGGAUGGAGGUUUGCGCCCGUGUAUUGAUUACCGUAAUCUCAAUCAGAUCACAGUUAAAUACCGUUAUCCUCUGCCUCUGAUUGCGAGUAUGACGGAAUCAUUACGCGGAGCGCGUUUCUUCACAAAACUGGAUCUCAGGAGCGCUUACAACUUGGUGCGCAUUAGGGAGGGAGAUGAAUGGAAGACAGCAUUUAGUACCACCUCGGGUCAUUAUGAGUAUCUCGUCAUGCCAUAUGGGUUAAUGAAUGCUCCUUCAGUCUUCCAAUCCUUUGUGGACGAGAUCUUCCGGGACUUGCAUGGGCAGGGUGUGGUCGUGUACAUUGACGACAUUCUAGUGUACUCAUCUACACGAGCCGAGCAUGUAGCCCUGGUACGCCGAGUGUUGGGUAGGUUGUUGGAGCAUGACUUGUAUGCCAAGGCAGAGAAAUGUCUGUUUUUCCAGGAGUCCAUCUCCUUUUUGGGUUAUCGGUUGUCCGCGUCAGGGGUGGAGAUGGAAGUUGACCGUGUGUCAGCCGUGCGUAAUUGGCAGACUCCAACCACUGUUAAAGAGGUGCAACGGUUUUGGGGUUUUGCCAAUUACUACCGGAGGUUUAUCCGGGGUUUUGGACAGGUGGCAGCUCCCAUCACGUCCCUGCUGAAGGGGGGCCCGGUGCAUUUGCAGUGGUCGGCUGAGGCAGACAGGGCGUUUAAUAAACUGAAAAACCUGUUCACCUCGGCUCCGGUGCUGGCGCAUCCGGAUCCCGCUUUAGUGUUCCAAGUGGAGGUGGACGCGUCAGAGGCCGGUAUUGGGGCAGUAUUGUCUCAACGCUCAGGCACGCCUCCUAAACUCUGGCCCUGCGCUUUUUAUUUAAAAAAGCUCAGCCCGGCGGAACGAAAUUAUGACGUAGGGGACAGGGAGCUGCUAGCCGUAGUUCAGGCCCUAAAGGUGUGGAGGCAUUGGCUUGAGGGGGCUCAACACCCUUUUCUCAUUCUGACUGACCAUCGUAACCUGGAGUACAUCCGGGCAGCUAGGAGACUGAACCCUCGUCAGGCUAGGUGGAACAUGUUUCUGACCCGGUUUGUCUUUAAGCUUACGUACAUCCCAGGGUCCCAGAACGUUAAGGCAGACACACUGUCCCGGCGGUAUGACACAGAGGAGAGGUCCAUUGAGCCCACACCCAUACUGCCGGAGUCUUGUCUGGUGGCACCGGUGGUGUGGGAGAUCGAUGCGGAAAUCGAGCGGGCGUUACGCACCGACCCUACUCCUCCGGAGUGUCCAGUGGGGCGGACGUGCGUGCCGCUCGAGAUCCGUGAUCGUCUCAUAUAUUGGGCUCACACGUCGCCCUCCUCUGGACAUCCAGGUAUUGGCCGGACAGUGCACUGCCUUAGUGUAAAGUACUGGUGGCCAACAUUGGCUAGGAUGUCUCCUCCUGCUCAGUGUGCGCCCAGUGUAAGGCACCUAGACACCUGCCCAGGGGGAAGUUACAGCCCCUGCCCGUUCCACAACGGCCGUGGUCUCACCUCUUGGUAGACUUUGUCACUGACCUACCUCCCUCCCAGGGGAAUACCACCAUUCAGGACGUUGUGGAUCGGUUCUCUAAGGCCUGUCGUCUCAUCCCAAUGCCGGGUCUCCCUACUGCCCUACAGACCGCAGAGGCUUUGUUUACCCACGUCUUCCGGCACUACGGGGUUCCCGAGGAUAUAGUGUCAGAUCGAGGUCCCCAAUUCACCUCUAGAGUCUGGAGGGCGUUCAUGGAACGGUUGGGGGUCUCGGUUAGCCUUACCUCGGGUUUUCAUCCUGAGAGUAAUGGGCAGGUGGAGAGAGUGAACCAGGAUGUGGGCAGGUUUCUGAGAUCGUAUUGCCAGAACCGGCAGGAGGAGUGGUCGGGUUAUAUCCCUUGGGCAGAGAUUGCCCAGAACUCUCUUCGCCACUCCUCUACUAACCUGACCCCUUUCCAAUGUGUGUUAGGGUAUCAGCCGGUUCUGGCACCAUGGCAUCAGAGCCAGAUCGAGGCUCCUGCGGUGGAUGAGUGGUUUCGGCGCUCGGAGGAGACGUGGAACGCUGCACACGUCCAUCUGCAGCGGGCUAUCCGUAGACAGAAGGCGAGCGUCGAUCUCCACCGCAGUGAGGGUCCAGUGUACGCACCUGGAGAUCGAGUCUGCCUAAUGAUUAUCGCAUUAACCCCUCGUUCCAUGUGUCUCUCCUCAGGCCAGUGGUAGCUGGUCCACUCCAGGACUGUGAGAUAAGAGAGACUCCUCCGUCCCCACUGGACAUCGAGGGGGCUCCGGCGUACUCAGUCAGGUCCAUCGUGGAUUCGAGACGUCGGAUGGGGGGUCUACAAUAUCUCGUGGAGUGGGAGGGGUACGGUCCGGAGGAACGGUGCUGGGUGCCUAGGAGGGAUAUCUUAGAUCCCUCCCUCCUGACGGAGUUCCACCGAAACCAUCCCACGCGCCAUGCUCCGCGUCCUCCUGGCCGUCCCCGAGGCCGGGGUCGGCGCACGGCUGAAGCCGCGCGUCAAGGGGGGGGGUACUGUCACGGAUUCUGCCGAGGCUGCUCCUCCUCCUUGUUCGGGCAGGCUUCGGCGUUCGUCGUCCCCUGAGUACUAGCUGCCACCGUUUGAUGUUUCGAUGUUCGUUUGGUCAUGUCUAGUUAAGUGCACCUGUUUCGUAUUCUGUCCUGAUUAUGUCACUUAUAAGUUUCCCUGUGUUAUGUUUUGGAGUUGUGUGUUGUUGUCCGCCUGUCGAUUGUCUGUUGGUUUAUGUUGUGGCUUUAGUGUUUUACGCGUUGCACGUAGGUUUUCGCCUACUGUGUUUUGAGGCCAUUUAUUUUCUGUAUUGUGUAUUCAGUCAAGUAAAGCUGUUUGACUUAUCCGCUGUGUCCUGCGCCUGACUUCACCACCACAUCCACAAGUACACCGUGACACCUGUAGAGUGACUAUUUCCCUUAUUAUGAUUGCAAACAAACUCAACUGACAGUGAGAUUGAAGAGAUGCCUGUGAGUAGUCUAGUCUCCUGACUGGUUACUGUAUACCGACCUCUGGGUCUCUGUGAAGAGGAUAAUGUAUAGUGCAUUUGGAAAGUAUUCAGACCCCUUGACCUUUUCCACAUUUUCUUACAUUACAGCCUUAUUCUGAAAUUGAUUAAAUAGUUUUUUCCCCCUCAUCAAUCUACACACAAUACCCCAUAAUGACAAAGCAAAACUGUUUUGUAAAAAAACAAAAACAACUGAAAUAUAACAUUUACAUAAGUAUUCAGACCUUUUACUCAGUACUUUGUUGAAGCACAUUUGGCAGCGAUUACAGCCUCAAGUCUUCUUGGGUAUGACAUUACAAGCUUGACACACCUGUAUUUGGGGUGUUUCUCCCAUUCUUCUCUACAGAUCCUCUCAAGCUCUGUCAGGUUGGAUGGGGAGCGUCGCUGCACAGCUAUUUUAAGGUCUCUCCAGAGAUGUUCAAGGACAUUCAGGGACUUCUGUCUUGGCUGUGUGCUUAGGGUCGUUGUCCUGUUGGAAGGUGAACCUUCGCCCCAGUCUGAGGUCCUGAGCGCUCUGGAGCAGGUUUUCAUCAAGGAUCUCUACUUUACUCCGUUCAUCUUUCCUUCGAUCCUGACUAGUCUCCCAGUCCCUUCCGCUGAAAAACAUCCCCACAGUAUGAUGCUACCACCACCAUGCUUCACUGUAGGGAUGGUGCCAGGUUUCCUCCAGAUGUGACGCUUGGCAUUCAGGCCAAAGAGUUCAAUCUUGGUUUCAUCAGACCGGACAAUCUUGUUUCUCAUGGUCAGAGAGUCCUUUAGGUGCCUUUUGGCAAACUCCAAGCAGGCUUUCAUGUGCCUUUUACUGAGGAGAGGCUUCCGUCUGGCCACUCUACCAUAAAGGCCUGAUUGGUGGAGUGCUGCAGAGAUGGUUGUCCUUCUGGAAGGUUCUCCCAUCUCCACAGAGGAACUCUGGAGCUCUGUCAGAGUGACCAUCGGGUUCUUGGUCACCUCCCUGACCAAGGCCCUUCUCCCCCGAUUGCUCAGUUUGGCCGUGCGGCCAGCUUUAGGAAGAGUCUUGGUGGUUCCAAACUUCUUCCAUUUAAGAAUUUCUCAGAUCUGUGCCUCGACACAAUCCUGUCUCGGAGUUCUACGGACAAUUCCUUCGACCUCAUGGCUUGGUUUUUGCUCUGACAUCCACUGUCAACUAUGGGACCUUAUACAGACAGGUGUGUGCCUUUCCAAAUGAUGUACAAUCAAUUGAAUUUAACACAGGUGGACUCCAAUUAAGUUGUAGAAACAUCUCAAGGAUGAUCAAUGGAAACAGGAUGCACCUGAGCUCAAUUUCGAGUCUCAUUGCAAAGGGUCUGAAUACUUAUGUAAAUGUAAUAUUUAUGUUUUCUUUUUUUAAUACAUUUGCAAACAUUUCUAUAAACCUGUUUUUUCUUUGUCAUUAGGGGGUGUUUUGUGUAGAUUGAUGAGGAAAACAUUUAAUUUAAUCCAUUUUAGAAUAAGGCUGUAACGUAACAAAAUGUGGAAAAGGGGAAGGGGUCCGAAUACUUUCAGAAUGCACUGUAUGUUCAUGGCAGAAUCACAGGCCAUCGUAGUGCAAGUGGUGCAGGAGAUGAAACUACAGGCUGCCUAUUCAUUAUCUGUAGACACAUUUAUUUUAAGGCCAACGGCAUAUGGGGAUAUAGGCUCUGGGACCUCCCUAUUUAGACAGUAUCUCAUGAUUAGUGUCCUCGGAUGGAGGCUUCUGUUGGGAUCAGAGGAUAUGUGAGGCAAGGCUGACUCACUGGUGAGAAUGAAUAGGCCAUAAAACGGCCUCUCCAUCAUCAUGUCUUACAGCACACUGGUCUCUGGGAGCUGCUUCGGGCUUUACUCUACAGUACUGAACAUGUGUAUUUUAAUCCAAACCCUAUCUGAAAGGCUCCUUUGUGGUGUGGUGGAUAGCAUCAGCAAUUACCAGCAUUUUGUUACUACAAAAAAUGAACACUUAGAUUUAUAUAUGAGAUAUUAACCACACACACUCCCCAGAUUCCUAGAUAAUGGUGGGCAGGGCCGAGGGAGGGAGGGUGGGAGGGUUUUCCAGUCAGUGGAUUUUCCAUGGAGAGCGCGUGCCGGUGGAGCGCUUUAUGGCUAGAGCUCUGGGAGCCACUGUGCUGCUGGCUGGGGGCUGUGUGUAUGCAGAAUGGGACCAUGGGCUGAGGCUGGGGCCCGGGGCCCAUAAAUCCUGGCCUUCCAGCCCCAGACAGCGCUUUUAUCUCCUGCAUAAGCUUCACUGUGACCCACGGCACCAUGCACUAAUGUUAAUAGAUGUAUGAGGGUGAGUGGAUAGCAUGCCCCUCCCUGACCCUUUAGCCUUACUAAAAAUAAAGUUUGGGCCUUUGGUUUUGUUAGACUAAAGGCAGCUAACAAUCCUACCCAUUCAACACGCAUUUAUGGCUCAACUACUGCUGAAAGGAUCUGGCUUAUUGCUACACAGUGAUUACCACAUGUAAAUGCUAUAAUUCUCUAUAUCUGUCCACCAUGACCAUGACUCUUGUCCUUGCACUUUCAAACCGUUUAUUAGUGUGUAUUAAGUUGUCAUCCACCAAAAAAUAUGCGUAAACAUAGACUGCAAUUGUAAAAAUAGAAGGCUGGAAAAAACAAAAUGGCGAUUGUGUAUGGCAUACUUGUGGUUCUGGUGAUUUUCUCUGGUUUUAUGUGCCAUACAAAAUGGGCUUGCUCCACAAUUUGUCCGGAGGAGGAGGAUGCGGCCAGGGGAAUGAUUGCUAGCCAGACACAGACAGACAGUGUCCUCACACCCUGACAGUGUGGGAAGCACAGAUUAAUAAUGGAAAUUAUACAAAGUCAGUGCUGGAAAGUCCCUUCAAACUAUGUAUGUGGUUUAGUCAGAGGUGUGCCUUUUCUACAUGCAGUACAUGUCUGGUCAUGAUGAUACCAACUAACAUAUCACUAUCACUGUUACAUAGUUCAGUGAAGUAGGCAUCUGUUUGAUAUCUGUUUGAUUAGAUUUUAUGAUACGGAUGAAUGAUUGGCAACUAAUCAUAGUGACUGAAUGUUGUGAUGCUGAAUUUGUAUUUGUUAUGCACUUUCCUUCUUUCUCUCAGUGUCUGUAUAUCUCUUUAAGGAAUACCUGGAAUAGUAUAAAGUAAUCCUUCUACCACCCCCCCCCCCCCCCCCCCCCCACCCCUCCCCCACCACCCCCAUUUAAAAAUACAUAAAUAAAAUGAUGUAAAUGUACAAAUGUAAAUCUCUCUCUCUCUCUCUCUCUCUCUCUCUCUCUCUCUCUCUCUCUCUCUCUCUCUCUAUCUAAUCUAUCUAUCUCUCUGCAGCUCCGUCGACAGUGUCCAUCAUGCACCAGAUUAGUCGUACCGUGGACAGCAUCACUCUGUCCUGGUCUCAACCAGACCAGCCCAAUGGAGUCAUCCUGGAUUAUGAACUACAGUACUAUGAGAAGGUAGGUACCCACUGCACACUACCCAUUAACAAACAGUCUGCUCUAUCUCACCUCCAUGUAAACAGACACACGUAAAGACACCAUUGAGUGUGUCAGGCUUUCUUUCAUCUCAGCGGGGCUAAAUAAGGUAUGCAUUUGCUGCAAAAUAUAUCUCUCAUUUUCUAUCACAUUGAAAUUAAGAAUGUCUUCCCCUGUUGGUGUCCAGAACAGCAUGUUCACGGUGGCAGGCAGACAUACUGUAGCUUCUGAAUUGAGCAUACAACUUCUGCUCGAUCCCUUUCAAUUAUAAUCACGGUCAGUCACUGGGAAAGGAAACUGCUCUCAGCCCUCCAGUCAGGCCACUAGGGAUUGAUGGAGAGAUAUUUGUGGUUGAAACAAUGGUGUGUUGACUGCCAUAAAAAUAGUAUUCAACAGACAGACUCCUCAGAAUCAGCAUACUUUCUCACAAGAAACACUCCCACACACAGAUACGGACAGAGAAAAGCAUACACACACACAAGCACACACAAAGUUCAUUGAGCAGUCCUCUGUGACUGCGCGCCACUCUGCUCCACUUUUUAGUUUAAUUAUUUUCUCAGAUGCUGCUGAGGAGAGCUGUCAAAACAAUUGUCUCGGCCCCUGCCGUGGCUCAGAUCUCACAAAUGUGCUCACGCUGCUGAUUGGUUGAAGCCUGCAGCCGGCACAGUUUUAGUCUCCUUUUCCAGACAGACCUGUCAGCUUUGUGGAGAGAGAGAAGCGGUGUGGCAAUGAAAAGUUACACUGAUCGUCAGAACUCACAGCCCAAACAAACUAAGUCUAGCAGACCUGAAACUGCCAUCCCUAGGCUGUUGCUUAUCAUUCUCUAUUAAUUCUGCUUGGUCAAAUAGAUACAUCAGUGUUAGAAACAUUUUAGUCUGUAUCCUACUUUGCACAUUAGCCUAUUUUUAUAAGGCACUAAGUUAAUGCAUGUAUAUGGUAAUUGUUCUGUGGAUGUCACUGAUUUGUAUUUCUCCCUCGUUCCUUAAUGCUCUCUCAGGACCAGACCGAGUACAACUCAACCAUCAUAAAGAGCCAGACCAACACAGUGGUCAUCCGCGGUCUCAAACCAGGGGCAAUCUAUGUGUUCCUGGUUCGCGCCCGGACCGUGGCCGGAUUUGGGCGCUACAGCGGCAAGCUCUACUUCCAAACCAUGACUGAAGGUGAGGGUGCAGCCAACAUUCCCUCUGCUCAGAUAGAGCAUAGAGAGAUGCAGAGUUAUCACAUCCCAUGCAUGGCCCAUCAACCCAACAUGGACCAUUACAACAUGGACACAAUGACCCAACAGACACAAGGAUGUGGAUGGGGAAAUGGUCUGAGAUGCGUUCUGCAAGACAACUCUCCUACAAUGUGUACACCCAUUGUUCUAUUUAUGUGGAUUUCAUUCAUUAUCUUCUCAGCAUGUGCAAGUUAUUUUUUUACAAAUGAAUAAGAUAGGUUAUGUAUGAAUGGAGAUAUUUUCUGUAGUUUACUGUGCUUUAUUAGCGGUGGACUAAUGUGAGUCACAGAUCAGGUUAAAGUGGAUUCAUCUGUAAAGAAGGACACUGCUGGGCAGACUAGCUUUUCCCCUGGCUCCGCUAAUGCUGGAUCCUGGCUCCCCUGGCCUGGAUAAUGUUAGCGACCUGGGUGUUCUCUAAACAUCUUAUUACCUGCAGUGCCGAGGGCCAUCAUUAGCCUGAUCUCUGCUCUCCUCCACGGCAAGCAGCCAGCACACUGCCAGACAAAGGGGAACCAAACAUCGCAAUAGGCUGCAUACUGUACCACCACCCUGGGACACAACCCAUGGCACAACCCUCCCUAGCCUCAGACCUCGGACAGAGCAGUCAGGACCUGAGGUGGUAUUGUGUGAUUGUGUGCCUACUGCCAUGUUUGGCAGCACUCUGGAGGGAAAGGAGCUGGGUCUCUCCCAAACCUGCUCUCUCAGUUCCAGAUGAGCGGGCGACCAUAUUGCUGGCAUCUGAACGUGCUCAGUGGGCUUUGGAGAGAGGUCUUGUGCUGCCAGCCAAGAUGCCCAUUGGUCUCCCCAACCGUCUGUCUGUCUGUCACCCACUGCUAACUCCAAAUGCAUUCACUCAGAUGCCUGGCCCAUAUGUUUCAGUGUGUGAUGGUGUGUUUGUGUGUGUUUGUCUAAUCACAGAGGAGUACAACACCAGCAUUCAGGAGAAGCUGCCUCUCAUCAUCGGCUCUGCAGCUGCAGGUCUGGUCUUCCUCAUCGCAGUGGUUGUCAUCGUCAUCGUCUGCAACCGGUGAGUUAUUCCUGCUCCAGUCCAGCCAACCAAUGCUGCCAGAUUAGACACAUUCGCUUUAGUGGUUGUUUUCCCACAUACUUCGUUACUGUACUUUAAUGGGUCCUGUGUUUAUAGUUUAUAGGCUGGUUGUGUUUAGUGGUCGUUAGCUAGCUGUGGAGUGGGUAGGCCUGGUACAUAGACCACACCCCCUCUUUGGGCCAGCGCUAUAGCUCUUUGUCUUUUUCCCAGGAGGCGUGGCUUUGAGAGGGCAGACUCGGAGUACACAGACAAGCUGCAGCACUACACCAGCGGCCACAGUGAGUAACCAGCCCUCACUCAGAGUGCCUGUUUGCACCUCCCCCAAAAUACACACACUCACACUCACGCUCACACACAUACAUGCACACACACCUGUCUCCAUGGCUACCAGCUCACGCAGCAGUCUCCAUGGCUAAUGUUCAACCCUCUGCUGCCUCACACACCUGUCUCCAUGGCUACCACUUGACACGCUAGUGUCCUUGGCUACCUCCCAACCUUGUGCUUCUUCUCACCUCUCCAUUGGUAAUCUUCUCUCUUGUUUUCCUCAACUGUCUUAAUGCUAGGAUUUACCCCUAACACAACACGUGUACAAGUGUGUGUUUGCUGUUGAUCUCAUUUCAUAGUCAACUAAUUCCAUUGUUGUGGAAGUAGCAUUUAGCCUUCUUUUAGCUUGUUAAGUCCAUGAACACCCUAAUACCACACACACCAUUUGCCAUUGUUGAAAAAUUCAAAGGAGAUUGUGAAGAAAUGGCCUUUAUUAAAUAUAUUGUUUUCCAUGUAAAGCACGUUGGCCCAGAGUGCCAUGAUAUAGAAAUACAUCUUCAAGAUGGAGCUCAGGCGCCGUAAUUUAAACUAGUUUGGCUCUCCCUUGGAGCUUAUGGCUUAUCGUGUCCCUCUCCUUCACUCAGCUAAACAGAAAUGCUCUGAUAUAUUUCCUCCCUGAGCUUAUUUCAGUUGUAUUUAUUUAUAUAUUUUUCUAUUUAGCUCUUCCGCUAGUCGGGCUUAUCAAUGGAGACAGCUUUCCCAUGUGUAAUCAAUAGUAUCAGGUUGCAGUAAAUGCUGAUGUCACAAUUAUCCUGGCUGUCCUCCCCCUAUAUCAGGUGGUCUCUGCCAUGCUCUGGUGGGUGGUCUUUGGAUCGUUCCAUAGUUUGGGAAGAGAUAGGAGGUUCUGACUGGGGACUCUUUUUUUGCCUUAAAGGAGAAUCUCCAUCUGUUCCUAAACAUUUCUUCAGUUCAGUCUGCUAUGCAGGUUUCAUGGCUCUACUAUAAGCAGGUAUCUCAGCUUCGCUGACUGCCUGUGCAUGAACACAAUAACCAUUAAAAAAGCCUCAGGCCAGAUGUGGAAGUGAGAGUCCGAAUAAUCGGAUUUGAAACCUGAGACACUUAAGUCCCUGAACACUUAAAGGCCACCUUAAGCCAAUUUACCUAGCAUCAGAGCUUAAGAGAGACAAUUUAUUUUCUAGAGCAGAGAGCGAUACUGAUAUAGUGUCUGGCUGUCUCUCCUGGGUGUUAAUGUUCUGCUAUGACUCUAUGGAGUUGAUACAUACAUUAACCUGCCUUAUCACUGCCAAAGACUCACUGGAAAUGCCAUGUCAUUGCCCAUUGAUUAUUAUAGUCCUGAGGACCCAAGCCAAACCUACCAUUCCUCUACCUUGUACUAACACUAACCUUUCUGACUCAUAAUAAUACACUGCAUUGGCUACUUGUUAAAGACGGACAGAGUUUGUUUGUUUGUGUCAGAAUAAAAAAUUAUAUCGGCCUCUUCUUUUUCCAAGUGACUCCAGGAAUGAAGAUAUAUAUUGAUCCGUUUACAUAUGAGGACCCCAACGAGGCGGUGAGGGAGUUUGCUAAGGAGAUUGACACUUCCUAUGUGAAGAUUGAGCAAGUCAUUGGCGCAGGUAAAGAGAAAGGCCAGUCAUUUUUUACAAAAUAUAUAUUUUGAAUGCUGUCUGUAUUCCAAUGAAUAAUAUUUUGCCUCAUCAUUUUAAUGUUUGUAACCUCUGUCAGACAUCUCCUAUCAUUAACUGUCGCUCUGCCUCUAUGUUGUGUCUUGUAGGAGAGUUCGGGGAGGUGUGCAGUGGGAACCUGAGGCUCCCAGGAAAGAGGGAGAUGUUUGUGGCCAUCAAGACGCUGAAGUCGGGCUACACGGAGAAGCAGAGGCGGGACUUCCUGUCUGAGGCAUCCAUCAUGGGUCAGUUUGACCACCCCAAUGUGAUCCACCUGGAGGGUGUGGUCACCAAGAGCGCCCCUGUUAUGAUCAUCACUGAGUUCAUGGAGAACGGAUCACUGGACUCCUUCCUCAGAGUGAGUUAUGCUGUGUGUGUCUCUGAGUCAAAUAUUAACACUAAUGGCUAUGCAGAUAAACAGGUAGACACACAGACAUGCAGGCACACACAAGCACACAGGCACAUACGCACACACACUCUGGGAAAUGACUGUUAAAUACACACACUAAUGCUAACCCAUCUAGGUUAAAGUGAACAUUAACAUGCAGAACAUUAAUCAUGUCAUUUACUUAGUAUAGUGUCCACCACAAGUCCUUAGAGAGAUCCUUCUCUACCCAAUCAAAUCAAAUCAAAUCAAAUGUUAUUGGCCACAUGCGCCGAAUACAACAGGUGCAGACAUUACAGUGAAAUGCUUACUUACAGCCCUUAACCAACAGUGCAUUUAUUUUUAACAAAAAAGUAAAAAUAAAACAACAACAAAAAAAGUGUUGAGAAAAAAAGAGCAGAAGUAAAAUAAAAUAACAGUAGGGAGGCUAUACAGUGGGGGAAAAAAGUAUUUAGUCAGCCACCAAUUGUGCAAGUUCUCCCACUUAAAAAGAUGAGAGAGGCCUGUAAUUUUCAUCAUAGGUACACGUCAACUAUGACAGACAAAAUGAGAAAAAAAAUCCAGAAAAUCACAUUGUAGGAUUUUUUAUGAAUUUAUUUGCAAAUUAUGGUGGAAAAUAAGUAUUUGGUCAAUAACAAAAGUUUCUCAAUACUUUGUUAUAUACCCUUUGUUGGCAAUGACACAGGUCAAACGUUUUCUGUAAGUCUUCACAAGGUUUUCACACACUGUUGUGGUAUUUUGGCCCAUUCCUCCAUGCAGAUCUCCUCUAGAGCAGUGAUGUUUUGGGGCUGUCGCUGGGCAACACGGACUUUCAACUCCCUCCAAAGAUUUUCUAUGGGGUUGAGAUCUGGAGACUGGCUAGGCCACUCCAGGACCUUGAAAUGCUUCUUACGAAGCCACUCCUUCAUUGCCCGGGCGGUGUGUUUGGGAUCAUUGUCAUGCUGAAAGACCCAGCCACGUUUCAUCUUCAAUGCCCUUACUGAUGGAAGGAGGUUUUCACUCAAAAUCUCACGAUACAUGGCCCCAUUCAUUCUUUCCUUUACACGGAUCAGACGUCCUGGUCCCUUUGCAGAAAAACAGCCCCAAAGCAUGAUGCUUCCACCCCCAUGCUUCACAGUAGGUAUGGUGUUCUUUGGAUGCAACUCAGCAUUCUUUGUCCUCCAAACACGACGAGUUGAGUUUUUACCAAAAAGUUCUAUUUUGGUUUCAUCUGACCAUAUGACAUUCUCCCAAUCCUCUUCUGGAUCAACCAAAUGCACUCUAGCAAACUUCAGACGGGCCUGGACAUGUACUGGCUUAAGCAAGGGGACACAUCUGGCACUGCAGGAUUUGAGUCCCUGGUGGCGUAGUGUGUUACUGAUGGUAGGCUUUGUUACUUUGGUCCCAGCUCUCUGCAGGUUAUUCACUAGGUCCCCCCGUGUGGUUCUGGGAUUUUUGCUCACCGUUCUUGUGAUCAUUUUGACCCCACGGGGUGAGAUCUUGCGUGGAGCCCCAGAUCGAGGGUGAUUAUCAGUGGUCUUGUAUGUCUUCCAUUUCCUAAUAAUUGCUCCCACAGUUGAUUUCUUCAAACCAAGCUGCUUACCUAUUGCAGAUUCAGUCUUCCCAGCCUGGUGCAGGUCUACAAUUUUGUUUCUGGUGUCCUUUGACAGCUCUUUGGUCUUGGCCAUAGUGGAGUUUGGAGUGUGACUGUUUGAGGUUGUGGACAAGUGUAUUUUAUACUGAUAACAAGUUCAAACAGGUGCCAUUAAUACAGGUAACGAGUGGAGGACAGAGGAGCCUCUUAAAGAAUAAGUUACAGGUCUGUGAGAGCCAGAAAUCUUGCUUGUUUGUAGGUGACCAAAUACUUAUUUUCCACCAUAAUUUGCAAAUAAAUUCAUAAAAAAUCCUACAAUGUGAUUUUCUGGAGAAAAAAAAUCUAAAUGUGUCUGUCAUAGUUGACGUGUACCUAUGAUGAAAAUUACAGGCCUCUCUCAUCUUUUUAAGUGGGAGAACUUGCACAAUUGGUGGCUGACUAAAUACUUUUUUUCCCCCACUGUAUAUACAGGGGGGUACCGGUGCAGAGUCAAUGUGCGGGGGCACCGGCUAGUUGAGGUAGUUGAAGUAAUAUGUACAUGUGGGUAGAGUUAAAGUGACUAUGCAUAAAUAAUUAACAGAGUAGCAGCAGCGUAAAAGGAUGGGGUGGGGGGGUGGGGCAGUGCAAAUAGUCCAGGUAGCCAUGAUUAGCUGUUCAGGAGUCUUAUGGCUUGGGGGUAGAAGCUGUUGAGAAGUCUUUUGGACCUAGACUUGGCACUCCGGUACCGCUUGCCGUGCGGUAGCAGAGAGAACAGUCUAUGACUAGGGUGGCUGGAGUCUUUGACAAUUUUGAGGGCCUUCCUCUGACACCGCCUGGUAUAGAGGUCCUGGGUGGCAGGAAGCUUGGCCCCAGUGAUGUACUGGGCCGUACGCACUACCCUCUGUAGUGCCUUGCGGUCGGAGGCCAAGCAGUUGCCAUACCAGGCGGUGAUGCAACCAGUCAGGAUGCUCUCGAUGGUGCAGCUGUAGAACAAUCAAGCUGCAGUAUUAAUGCUCCCUGAGUGUCUGUCUAGUCCAAUUAUUGAUUUAUACUCUGCUGCAACUUGCGCUGGCUGUUAUUCAGCAUUUCACCUUGAUCUCCAUGUUUGACUACAGUAAAAUGAUCUAUGUACAGUAGCUCACUAUAGGCGCUGGUGAGGAAGAGAGUCCAGCAGUUCAGUACAGUUAGUCAUGCUCUCAUUUUGUAUUUAUCAUACUAGCACACAUUCACUCCUCCUGUUUGAGUCACAGAAAAGGACAAGGACCUAUGAAUUUAUAGUACUUUCUACUUAUGCCACAAAAAGUUAUUUGCCAUCUUAACAUUCAGUCAAACAAAUUGCAUGUAAUGCAAAACUCAGAAAAUACAUUCCAGAUAUCUAACCUCACCUCAUCCCUUGGGAGGGUUUCAAAUGAUUAGCGCUGUAAGAAGAAAACAUGUCAGCUUUCAGAGAAUGAAGUUGGCUUGUAGGUGAGAGACUGCUGUCUCCUGUCAGCCAGUCCUGUGCCGUCUGUCUGUAGCAUUUCAGCUGAACGGGAGCAUGUUUUUCCUAAUGUGACUGGGUGUCCACAAGCUUUCAUCUCCUCUAAUUGGACUCAUUGUGGGUUUGAAGUGAGUGGGAAUAAACUGAGUGGGAAAGAGCUAGUGACUAAUGGAAAUUGGACAUGUCUGAUCUUCACAAAAAUAUAUGAUUGAUUUUAUUCUCAUUAGAUUUACUCCACUUUAAAUCAAUUGUGAGUGAAUUAUUAAAUAUGGAAACAUAUCAAUUCAAUAAGGGCCAAGGGUUUCAUGUUUGAUAUAAAUCACUAUGUUUAUGUUUGGAAAUGUCUGAUGUUUCUACUGUGUCUAUGUGGAUAACACCUCCCUCCACCACCUCUGUCAUAGCCUUAGUUGUCACUCAUCGCAUUGUCAAUGUUUACCUCUGCAUAGAUCAUACUGAGUAAGGCUUUCAAGACUCAGGGCAGAAAGCACACUGACGAGAAUCAGCUCUGAGCUAUGGGAGGAUAUUAUAAACCUGAGACGUAAACUCUUCCUCUAUGGAUCAAAAUAUACAUCAAAAUCCUCCCUUUAAAAAAGGAGCCAGCCACCCUCCUGUCAGCAGACUGCUGCUCUGUCUACUGCUGGAGAAGCAAAAUAUGAACUUUAUUAGCAUUCUGCUUCAGACCUCCGAGACACUGUGUGCCAAGUCACUCUUGAAUUUGAUGGGUUGUGUGUGUCUGUGUCUGUGUGUUACUUUGUGUUAAGCAUAUUUGACAGCACAUUGUCUUCCAAACAACACAGCAUCACUGUGGCACCUCACUGUGACAGCUUAUGACAACAUUUUCUGAACGCGUCAGCGCUUUAGAACAUGGCGCUCUGUGAAAGAGGAUGGAGCAGCAGGGGAGACCACCUUAGAUAGGAACUGUCAGCUGAAGGAUCAGCUCCCCUAAAGCACCUGGUGCAGCCCUCGCUUCUAUGACGCAUCGACAAGGGAGAAGGGGAGCGAGAACACGAGAAGAAUAGAUGGAUGGAGACAACAACAGGCAGAGAAAGUAGCAAAAGUUGGGGACCAUGUAACGAUCAGAAAGAAAUGGCACAUCCAUAUCAAAGCUUUCUUCAGAAACAUUAUUAUCUCUACCAUUAUGAUUAGAAUUGGGGUUGAAUCAUAAAUUGCAUGUAUUAGCCUUAAAAGAUAGAAACGAUGUCUCUCUCUAUCUGCUAACCUGAUCCAAAUGACUUUGGUGGAAGAAUCUUCCCAAUUAAAGUAUAUGCAAACACAGUGCAGGGAUGCAGGGAUUAUGAGGCGCUGUGUAUUUGUGAGAGAAUUCAGCCUCAUGAAUAAUGCAUAAGACUUCAUUGCUGUGGUGCAUGAGGUGCAUGAGGAGCUGGUGGACGUGAGGAGAAGUCCUUGCUCUGCUAAUGAGCAGCAAAGAGUUUGGAGGAGACACAGAGACACAGGCUAGAGGAUCUGGCUAACCAUAGACAGCGAAAAUGCCUAGAGGAAUACACAGCUGGGCCUAGUCCGUCUGUGGUCCAUCUGUGUCCCCACACCACCCCACCCCAUCCCUGGGCCAUGAUACUGGGCCUGUCAGUCCACACUCAUGCUCUUUCAUCUUUCGUCAUGAUCCUCCCGGAUAUUCCCUAGUUGAUCUCUGGUCCUCGUGGUGGGUGGUGAGGGUGCAGGUGUGCGCAGAUUGAGGCACAGCUGCAGGCCAGAUCCAGACACUCCCCAUGUAUGGGGUAAAGCCUUGGCCAAUCCAGGGAGGAGAACAGCUGCAGCCUGCCAGACCGAGCCCAGCCCAGCCUAUAGCUAUAUCUAUUCAAUCAUAGCCCACAGAGGGAAGUCUCAGACCUGGGGAUGUAUCAUAUUGUGAUCUAAUGUGUUCCUUUUAUUUUGCAGCAAAACGACGGCCAGUUCACAGUGAUCCAGUUGGUGGGCAUGCUGCGUGGCAUCGCCUCAGGCAUGAAGUACCUGGCCGACAUGAACUACGUCCACCGCGACUUGGCCGCACGCAACAUCCUGGUCAACAGCAACCUGGUCUGCAAGGUGUCUGACUUCGGCCUGUCCCGAUUCCUGGAGGACGACACGUCAGACCCCACCUACACCAGUGCCCUGGUGAGUACCAUGACGUCACCGCAAACACCGCACACAUACACAUGUGCGCACAUCCACACUUGCACGCACGCACACACACAGACACACACACACACCUCACACACCACAUUCCCCAUCAUAACAAAGGCCCCUCACUUGUCCCUCUCCUCCCCUUUUACAGGAUCCCAUGUCACACACAUCCACUCCCAGGAGUUUAGUUAUAUCCAUCUCACAGUUUGGAUUACAGAGUAUUGUUGCUGUGAAUAAUCUCUCUCUGCAGAGCCAGGACACUGGGACGAUCAGGUUUCUGUCUCACUUCCCUCUAUAAGGUUGUUCCCUCAUUGUGUUGUGUUUCUCAGGGAGGGAAGAUCCCUAUCCGAUGGACAGCCCCUGAAGCCAUCCAGUACAGGAAGUUCACGUCCGCCAGUGAUGUUUGGAGCUACGGCAUCGUCAUGUGGGAAGUCAUGUCCUAUGGAGAGAGACCUUACUGGGACAUGACCAAUCAAGACGUAUGUAUUUAUAGACCUUUAUAUAUAUGAAUAUCAUUAGUCAAACAGAACCACUCUAAACAUGGCAUCAAAUGUUUAAAAAUAAAUUCUAACAACGUCUGAUUAUAUACAGGAGACAGUGGUUCCUGAAUGUUCUUACCUCUCUGUGAACCCCCAUUUUGUCAUGGUGGUUCUCUUCCCCCUGGCUAAACAGCAGCUUUCAAACCUGGGUUUAAUAUGAAAGCCCCCUAGUUACCACAGAGAUGAUUUGGAAUGCAAGGCAAUGCUCCACAGACUAUUCCUGCUCUUGACUGGAGCCUCCGUUUCCAGGCUCCCUCUGGGUGGCGGAGAAGAGAGCAAAUUAUGGGGAGAGAGAUAAUGAAAAUAGUUUCAAAUUGAAAGUGUGAACGCUAAUGCGCUAAGAGGGACUGUGGAGCUCAACGGUUAUCUUAUUAGGGGCUCUAGAUAGUGUUUCUACUCCAUCGGGGUCUUGGUUGGGAGGGAGGCCUCUGAAUGAGAUUAAUCUGGGCCUGAAUGGAGCUCCGUAAUGGUGGUAAUAAUGAGCAAGGGAUCGUGGGUCCUUGUCAGAACCCUCCUCUGGGCCGGUCGUUCCCCACUCCUAGCUAGGAGUCACCUCCCUGAUCCCUCCCCCAUUAUUUUACAUUUACAUUUUAGUAAUUUAGCAGACACUCUUAUCCAGAGCUACUUACAGUCCCCCCCACACCCUCUCCCACCACCAACAACACCACUGGCCACUCUCAGUCUUAGACUUUUUUGGCAUAACAAUGACCAUAGAGUUGGCAAAACAGAAUAAAUAGAUAUGGGACCAGGCUCUAACUUAGAUAUUUGUAUGGCAAGAACAUUACUGUACGCAGUUUCUAAAGGCUCUUGAUGCCAGACUGACUAAGAUUAAAUCACUGCUGGCACAGUCUGCAUGGAUGUGGGGAGCCAUUGGUAUUAGGCUGAUAAUUUACUGUGAUGCUUAACUGGUACAGUAAGUAUGAAGCCAAGACAAAACCUUUUCAAAAUGAUAAUUAUUGUUAAUGCAAUAAUGCUUGCAGGAUUAUGUUUGUGUGUGAACAUGUGUGUUGCAGUUUCGACUUGUAUAACACUGUUAUGGUUUUAUCUUUCAGUGCAUACUGUAUUUCAAGAACAUAGUUCUCAUUUGAAAUCACAGGAAUAUUAAUCAACAUGUUAGCCAAAUAGCACUCUGGUCAUAGAAGAAGUAGCUUGUGAGAAUUGUGAGAGGAUGCUCUCCAAUAGGAUUUCUGUCUCUCUCCUCUCCCUUCUCCUCCUUUUAGAGCCUCAUAGCAACCCUUAGAGAUCUGUGUCUCCCCCUGCAGGUGAUCAAUGCCAUAGAGCAGGACUACCGGCUGCCCCCUCCCAUGGACUGCCCCUCGGCCCUGCACCAGCUCAUGCUUGACUGCUGGCAGAAGGACCGUAACAACCGGCCCAAGUUCAGCCAAAUUGUCAACAACCUGGACAAGAUGAUCCGCAACCCCAACAGUCUGAAGGCCAUGACCCCGCUGUCUUCAGGGUGAGUGAAACACUUAGCAUGCUCUCCUUAGAUCUCCGUCAGUUCAUCUGUGAGUUUAUCUUUCUAUUAGUCUGUCACUACAUGUCUGUCUGUAUGUCUGUCUGUGUAUUAGUGUGUUUGAGACUAGUGUUCCUCUCUCUCUACUGGCCAGUCUUCACAGUAUUCAGCACUGGGCUACAGUAUUACUUUACUAUUUCCAUAGAUACUGUAUAAUCCAAAAGGAUUUAAUGCAUCUAACCUCAAAGAUGGGAAAACACUUUGACAUUUCAAAGGACAUGAUUCCUUCAAUGUUUUCAAUUUAUUUAUACCAAACAUUGUGUCUCCUGUUUCUUUUGGCGCCAAGUGGUUAUGUAAAUAAAACCCAUUUGGUUUGAUAGAUCAAGUCAUUUCCAUGAAUGCUUUAGGCAAAUCAUGAUUUGAAACAGUUACACAAUUUCAAAACAAAACAUUUCCAAGAACAUUUUCUCUGGGUGUCAGUUUCCUAUGAAUGUAAAAAUAUACUGAAUGUCAUAUAUCCUACUCUAUAUUUACAUUUUUGGUGGUGUGUGGAAUAGAGACACUGUGUGGAUACUGGCACUAAGCCUGCCACUCCAUUUGGAAAUAUAAUUUUCUUAAAAAUCGAUUAGGAAAAUGGCCACGGUUACUUUAUUUUGUCCUUAAGGCUAGCUUAUUGACUCAUCUGUUUUAGGCCAUCCACUAUUGUGUACUGUACUGAUUGCCAUCAUAGAGGUGAGAGAGUUAUGACACUGUCUCUAAAGCUGUGUUAGACUCUUUGUGUCUGUGACCCCCUCCAGUGUCCAUCUUCCUCUCCUGGACCGCAGUGUUCCAGACUUCUCCAGCUUCAGUACUGUGGACGAGUGGCUGGAUGCCAUCAAGAUGGGCCAGUACAAAGACAACUUUGCCAACGCUGACUUCACCAGCUUUGAUGUGGUUUCCCAGAUGACCAUGGAGUAAGUGCUGAUCCCAGACCGGUGUUUCUGAUAAGGAUGAGGAUGAGGUGGGCUAUUCCUUGACAGUAUCAUACCUUAAAGCCUGGAUGACUGCCAGGCUCAGCCCCUGGCUCAUCAUAAAUCUGCCUCUCACUGUAUGUCAUUAGGAGAUAAUAACAGUGCAGCAUAACUGCUCUGAGCUAGAACAGAGCGUACAAACUCUGGCCAUGUGGCUGACAGGUUUCUUAUACAACAGUUUAAAGAAAGAAGAGAUAUAGGAGAAUGAACAGGCAUGGUGAUGUUUAGGAAUACAUUCCUGCCUCUGUAGACUUAAUAAAGACAUCUAUUAGCAGAUAGACUCAUUCAUAUGUCUGUUUAGUAAAUAACUAAGACACACAUUGCUCUGCUCAUUGUCUCUUAUCUCUACAUCUCUUAAUAUCCUCCUGAAGUCAUGUCGGAUAUCUAAGCAACACAAUUCUGUUUUCAAAUUAUUUUCCACCCGCCACACUGGUUACAAUACUUUAAAAAAUAAGGCACAUCAGUCCAUAGGGUUAGGAUUAGGAAACAAAGACAUUCCAUUGUCUCCUGAAUGGAAGAAGUUUUUCAACAAACAGAGUAAGUACUGUAAGCAGUCUGACAUUCCAUUGUCUGGGACUGAAUUAGGAAUUUGGCAGACUGGGGCCCAGAAUUUAGCCUUGAUCUAACUUGUUGAUUUUACCUUGGCUUAUGCCAUGUGCAAUAAAACCUUUUGUGUCGUCUGUGAUGGCUUCCUCCUGACUCCUGUGGUUGUGUCUCCUGCCACAGUGACAUCCUGAGUGUGGGCGUGACGUUAGCAGGCCACCAGAAGAAGGUCCUGAACAGUGUACAGAUGAUGCGCGCCUCCAUGAACCAGAUCCAGUCUGUGGAAGUUUGACCAUCCAGAGUGGAGAGGAGAGGAGAGGAGAGGAGAGGAGAGGAGAGGAGAGGAGAGGAGAGGAGAGGCGAGGCGAGGAGAGGCGAGGAGAGGAGAGGAGAGGAGAGGAGAGGAGAGGAGAGGAGAGGAGAGGAGAGUCCCCUUUUUCAAUCCCUCUCCUGUCCUCCUCUAUUCCCUCAUCCAAAGUCCCCAUAACCUUUCGGAAUCAGCUCUUGAGGUUUGUGGCCAGCAUGUCUACAUGA